AUGGUGACCCAUCUUCGACGUUCGCUGGUAAGUCCUACUAGUAGGACUUCUGAUCCAGAUCUUCCAUCUUCUUCCUUCGUCGACUCCUCGAAAAUAUCCCGUCCAGAUGUGCUGGUCUCUUCCUGCGAAAGACUUGGCGUCUUCAAAGCGAAGCUCGAGGCUGCCGGUGGUGUUAAGUUCUCCAGAAUGGGCAGCCCGGAGGUCGCUAACCGGAAUGCAUCGCAGACCUCAGACGGAAGUUUGGGCAGGUACUCGGGGACGGCUCACCGCCGCGGCGAUACUUCUACUUUCAUUUCACGACGGCCACGGACGCGAAGACGACGUCGACUAUACUUCGGGACGUGCAGGACACUGUCGUCCUCACAAGUCUACAGAAAAGCAACCGCAUAG